CUCAAAACCCGCGAAAAUCAAAAACCCUGCGAAUCCAAAAACUAACCCAACAAGAAAACCAGCAGUGUGUACCAAAAACUCGGUUUUCCGAGCGAAAAGUCUGAGGCCAUGGAGCAUCGGAUGGAUGAAAUCGAAGCAGCAAACGAGCUAUCUUUCCGGGUCGGAUUCUCCGGCCACAGUGGCCAUCUCAGGGUGGAGCCCAUCUCAACGGUUGAGCACUCCAACCCUGUCAAGUUGCUCCCUGAUUUCAUUCCGCCACCAGCAUUUGCUAAGGAAACACCCAAAUCCAUUAAAGCAUAUAUAGAAGAGACAUAUCUCUCACCAAGAUUAGACCCUGAGGAAUUUUCUCCUGAAAAAUCUGGAAGGCAGUGGGAUUUUGAUUGGUUUGAAGAGGCAAAAGUACACCCAGAGCCAUCAUUACCGCGUUCUGUUGUGGUUCCUAGAUGGGAGUUACCAUUUAGACGCAAGAAGAAGGGAUCGAUGCAAGAAAAUUGGGAACCCAAUUCUGUGGAGGUGGAUGUAUCAGAACUAAUGCUUGGAGCUCAAGACUCUGGCUCAUUGCCUCGUGCAGCUGGACCUACAAAAGAUUUUUUAAGGGGAAGCAUCAACAACCGACCUUUUCGUCCUGGAGGUUUGGAUGAUUCUCAAUCUUUAGAAAGAAGUCUUCCUGAAGGUGCUUUAAACGGUGAAUGGGUACGUGAAGUUAUGAAUGGCGGCCCUGCUCAGGUCAGUCUUCCAAGCUUGAAGAAAGGACUAGACCUCGGCAAUCUCAAGGCUUACCCAUACUCGUGGAAUGUUUGUAAGGACCAAAGUCUCAAGAGUACAAACGAUAAGAAGCUGGGUGAGUUAUCUGUACAGUUUGAUGACUUGUUCAAGAAGGCUUGGGAAGAGGAUGUUGUCCCUGAAUCUGAGGGAGAUGGUGCACCAUCAGAAGCUGAAUCUGUUAAAUCAGAAACUGAAGAAACUAAGGAUGAUGCAUCCAUUGGUGCCAAUGAGCCAGAAUUAUCUCUGUUGGAUGAUAUCUUGUCAAUAGAAGCAGGAGGAUCAACAUUAACAUUGGAUGGGAAUCGUGAUGGUGGUGCACAGCAGCAGGAGGCCUGGGCUAUUAUUGGAGGUAGUGAAGGGAUUGCAGAGCGCUUCUAUGAACUUGUUCCUGAUAUGGCAUUAGAAUUCCCUUUCGAAUUGGACAAAUUUCAGAAAGAGGCUAUAUAUUAUCUCGAAAAGGGAGAAUCAGUUUUUGUCGCUGCUCAUACGUCAGCUGGAAAGACAGUCGUCGCGGAAUAUGCUUUUGCUUUGGCAUCAAAACACUGCACAAGAGCUGUAUAUACUGCACCUAUAAAAACCAUCAGCAAUCAAAAAUAUAGGGAUUUCUGUGGGAAAUUUGAUGUUGGGCUGCUCACUGGUGAUGUUAGCUUGAGGCCAGAGGCUUCUUGUCUAAUCAUGACCACUGAGAUAUUAAGGUCAAUGCUCUACCGGGGUGCGGAUAUUAUACGUGACAUUGAAUGGGUUAUAUUCGAUGAGGUGCACUAUGUCAAUGAUAUUGAAAGAGGUGUUGUUUGGGAAGAAGUUAUAAUCAUGCUUCCAAGACAUAUAAAUUUUGUUCUUCUUUCGGCCACGGUGCCAAACACAGUUGAGUUUGCUGACUGGAUUGGUCGGACUAAGCAGAAGGAAAUCCGUUUAACUGUGACUACAAAAAGACCAGUACCACUGGAGCAUUGCCUAUUUUAUUCUGGAGAACUUUACAAAGUAUGUGAAAGUGAAACAUUUAUGCCUCAAGGACUAAAGGCUGCUAAAGACGCAUUCAAGAAAAAGGCUUUGACUGCUGUAGGUGGUACUGGAUCUUACGGUAGGAGUGGAUCUUAUGCUGGAGCCUCAGCUACUCAUGACGGGCAUCGAUCUCAGAGAUCUGAACAUUCUAGCCGGGGAAAACAGAACAAACAUUUUGGUAGCCAAUUUCAGGGAAGCUUACCUGGGACUGGUGGGGGGAACCAGAAAAAUGGGAACGGCCAGAAUAGUUGGGGGUCAAGGAGAUCUGAUGCUUCCUUGUGCUUGUUGCUUAUUAACAAGCUAUCAAAGAAAUCACUGUUACCUGUGGUGAUAUUUUGUUUCUCAAAGAAUCGCUGUGAUAAAUCAGCUGAUAGUUUGUAUGGGACUGAUCUCACUAGCAGUUCUGAGAAAAGUGAGAUUCGUGUUUUCUGUGACAAAGCAUUUUCCCGUCUGAAGGGGUCUGACAGGAAUUUGCCACAGAUUGUUAGAGUUCAAAGCCUACUUCAUAGAGGAAUUGGUGUCCAUCACGCAGGGUUGCUUCCAAUUGUUAAGGAAGUUGUUGAAAUGCUUUUUUGCCGUGGUGUGGUCAAGGUUUUAUUUUCAACAGAGACAUUUGCAAUGGGGGUUAAUGCUCCAGCUAGAACGGUUGUUUUUGAUUCUUUAAGGAAGUUUGAUGGCAGGGAAUUUAGACAAUUAUUGCCAGGAGAAUACACUCAAAUGGCAGGUCGUGCUGGCAGAAGAGGACUUGAUAAGAUUGGUACAGCUGUUAUAAUGUGCCGUGACGAAAUCCCAGAGGAGUGCGACUUGAAGCAUGUUUUAAUUGGGAGUGCAACUAAGCUUGAAUCUCAGUUUCGGCUGACCUAUAUCAUGAUCCUGCAUCUUCUUCGUGUUGAAGAAUUAAAGGUGGAGGACAUGCUGAAAAGAAGCUUUGCUGAAUUCCAUGCUCAGAAAAAACUUCCUGAGAAAGAACAACUUCUGAUGCGAAAGCUUGCUCAACCCACAAAAACAAUUGAAUGUAUAAAAGGUGAACCAGCCAUUGAGGAAUACUAUGAGAUGUACUCAGAAGCUGAAGAACAUAGCAACAAGAUAUCUGACGCCGUCAUGCAGUCCCCUUCUGCCCAAAAAUUUCUUACUACUGGAAGAGUGGUAGUAGUAAAAUCACAAUCGUCCCAGGACCACUUGCUUGGAGUUGUUGUGAAAGCACUUUCUGCUAAUAACGAGCAGUACAUUGUUUUAGUGUUGAGACCUGAUUUACCAUCAACAGCACAAAUUCCCCUUGCUAGCAGUAAUUCACAAGAUAAAAGAAGUUCUGAUUUCCCAGACGGUUAUUUUUUGGCACCAAAAGCAAAACGUCCCCUUGGAGAUGAGGGUUUUUCUACUGUCACUUCUCAUAAAGGAUCAGGGGUCAUCAACAUAAAAUUGCCUUACUAUGGUGCUUCCGCUGGGAUGAGUUAUGAGGUUAGAGGAGCUGAUAGCAGAGAGUUUUUAUGCAUAUGCGGUAGCAAAAUCAAAAUUGAACAGGUUCGGCUUCUUGAAAAUGUUAGUAGUGUUGCUUUCUCCCAGACGGUUCAACAGCUAUUGAAUCUGAUUGAUGGAAAUAAGUACCCUCCAGCCCUAGAUCCGGUGAAAGAUCUGAAGUUGAAAGACGUGACCAUCGUUGAAGCUUACAGGAAGCGGACUGCCCUAUUGGAAAAGAUGGCAAAGAAUAAGUGUCAUGGGUGUAUUAAAUUGGAAGAACAUAUUAAAUUAGCAAAAGAGAUAAAGGGGCACAGAGAGGAAGUCAAUGCUCUUAGAUAUCAAAUGUCAGAUGAAGCACUUCAACAGAUGCCUUAUUUUCAGGGCCGGAUAGAUGUUCUAAAGGAAAUUGGCUGUAUAGAUGCUGACCUUGUUGUUCAACUAAAAGGCCGUGUUGCAUGUGAGAUGAACUCAGGGGAGGAGUUGAUUUGCACAGAAUGUUUAUUUGAGAAUCAGCUGGACGAUCUGGAACCAGAAGAAGCGGUGGCAUUAAUGUCUGCCUUUGUGUUUCAACAGAAGAAUACUUCUGAACCUUCCCUUAUACCUAAGCUUUCUAAGGCCAAAAAGAGAUUAUAUGACACAGCAAUAAGACUUGGGGAGCUUCAAGCCCAGUUCCAACUACAGAUAGACCCUGAAGAGUAUGUCAAAGACAAUCUCAAGUUUGGUCUUGUUGAAGUGGUUUACGAAUGGGCAAAGGGAACUCCAUUUGCAGAUAUCUGUGAACUUACAGAUGUCCCUGAAGGUCUGAUAGUACGCACCAUUGUAAGACUGGAUGAGACAUGCCGCGAAUUUAAAAAUGCUGCGUCCAUUAUGGGUAAUUCUGCUCUCUACAAGAAAAUGGAAACCGCUUCCAAUGCCAUAAAGCGAGACAUUGUUUUUGCAGCUAGCUUGUACAUCACUGGAGUAUAAUAUAAGCCAUAUUUCAUCAAUGUGGAACUCCUUUUGCUCUUAUUAAUAAAGA